AACUGAGUAUCUGCUGUACCAGACUUUGAUUUCCCCGAGUCUUCACUCUGUGUUUAAAAAAAGCCCAACAGUGAUGCUUAACCUUUUAAAGUUGUCUUUUACCAAGUAGCCUGUGCCGGAUUUUGGGUUGUACAGCCUUAAUUUUCUGAGUAGCGUUUUGGAAAGGCUUGUUUCUUUUUCUUUCCUUCAGCUUGUCUUAUCUUUCCACUUCUUUUUUUGUCGUUGUGCCUCUCACAAACAUGCAGUUUCAAGGCUGGCACAGAACACCGUCCUUUGCCUCACCCACCUUGCUGUGGAGGAAACUGCUGCGCUAGGAAGUCAGUUCUAACGGACCCCUUGGUUUUGUACUGAACCUUUUUCGUAAGCCUUUUUCGGGGACAGUUUUUAUCCAGCUCCUUUUUCUGAUUGUAAUUAAGCAGCACAGCCGAGGAGACUGGUGCUGUUUUUUUCCUCUGAAGACAAUGCCUCUAAAUGAGUAACCUGGCGUAUAAACUGCUCAAAACAAAUUACUCCUACUUCCCUCUGAUACUAAGAUGCCUGAAGUAAGCUUUGAAUUUGCAGGCAGUCAAGCCUGUUUCCUUUGGCAAGAGGUUUGAUCUGAACUGGCGUGCUGAGCCCUGGAGAGCUACUGUGGGGUUUUUGUGGUUUUUUAUUUUUUUGUGGGGUGUGGUGGGUUUUUUUUGUUGUUUUUUUUUUUUUUGCAGGGCUCAGGUUUUGCUUACAGCCAGUAUCACUGGAUUUUUUUAAAAUUCAUCUGACAACCCCUUGCCUUCUCCCCUGCUAUCAGAACUUGUACCUUCUCUGGAAGUAAGGUGCAAAGUGAUUCCUGUAGGAAUAAACGCUCUCCUGUGGUUCUGUAACGCAUUGGACUGAGACAGCCGUUCUGGAACAGACAUGGAAGAGUUAAACCCAAGCAGCUGCUGCUUUAUUUGAAGUGGCUUGUAAUUUUCUUCCUUUGAUGCAGAGUGAGGAAUGUAAUCAAGAUGGCUGAAUAGAGAAUUUUAAGUAUAUUUUGGUGAGACAGCAGGGAAGGGAAAUAGAGGGCAGUUUCUUGCUGGGUGAGGAAAUUAAAUAUAAAAACCUAGAGCUGAAUUGCCACUAAACUGGUAUCUUAUCAUAUUUGAGUGCUGUUUAAAAUAGUACUUAACUCGAUUCUCAGAAAAAAUAGCAGCUGCUUAUGUGAGGAAACAGCAACUGUUUAGUAAUAUAAUGCAAUAGAACGGUUUUCUCAGUCGAGAAGAUUGCAUCUAGCAGGCAGGAGGCGUUAAUCUGUGAACAUGAGUAACUGCCAGUAUUUCGUUUGAGUAAUUGAGUUUUGUUUGCCGAUGACAGCGGGGUUAACAGUCCUUUCUUCAUUAGGUGAAUGCCGAGAUGCACAGAAAUCGGAUCAUACGUUGGAUCCCUUCCCAUCCUGUCUUCCCCCCGCCAACCCAGCUUUGAAUGUUUGCUUCAGUGUAAGUUGUGUGCAAGGGUGAGAUCCUUUCUUAAGACGUUUUUCAGCUCCUAAGGAGGAGGCAGGCUUCCUUUUAUCUCGAGGAAUGAUUUCCUGGAACACGUCCUGGCUUCGCGUGUGCGACCUAAGCGUGCCGUGAGCUCCUGUUCCAAGCCCCUGCCAUGAUUUUAAUGCUGUGUGACAGAUCACCUGCCAUCGCCGCUCUCUUUGAGAGCAGUGAGAGCAUCAUCCUCUUUGCGUUUUGCAACUUAAGAUCUUAAAAAUCUUCGUGCUGGGUCUAGGGAACGUGAGAAAAACGCCUGUUAGGGCACAGAGGACAAUGCAUCUGCAGGCGUCCUUGCGUGGUUUAGUGCACUGCCAGGGUCCUGGGGUGUCUGGGCAGUCGGGUGGCCCUUCUUUUCUUCUGGUGAUGUUCUGGUCAGGAGGAAGGGAGCUGGCCUAACGCAGAAGACCCCAGGGAGGGUGCAGAGCCGUGAGCCGGCUCUUGGUGCCAUCCAGCUGCUCUGCCUGGCGUAGGCACUUGGCAGGAGCAGGCUGCCGACGGUGGAACUAAUGAGGCUUAAUUAAACAAAGCCUUUAGAAGUAAAUGCUGUGACAUGCUGGCAACAAGUUUCUUUAACCUAUCACAAAGCAAGUGUGCUGUUUACUUUAGGAGUCAGCUUCUUGGUGCUGUAUCUCUGAGAGAAUAAUUGUGCUCACGUUUGAAAGUUGCUCUUGGGCAGUUCCUGCUCUGGCUGGGUUGAUGCAAAGCCUGGGUCGCAGGGUCAGGUUAAUUAAAUCUCAGUGUAGCUGAGCUGGUUCUGUAUAGAUUGGCUGCUGCUUUCUUCAGAAGUGGUAUGUGUGACAGGCAAAGGCACAAGUGGCCAUGAUACACUACAGCAACUACAGGUGUAAUGAGUGAAUUAAUGCUGAGCUGCCUGGUCGUUUUCUCAGUUUGACUUGGAAAGUGUUUGCUGCUCUUUCCCACCUCGGCCAGUAUACCAGCAAGGCGUUUCUCAAAAGCAGGUCCCCGUUUAAGCAGCUGUUACAGAGCCAGCUCUUGAGGAAACUUUGCUUCCUAAAGGAUUUUUCUGACAUGUCUUCAUCAAAGGAGCCUUUUUGCUUACAGAGUGGCUUUAGUUACGAAGUGAUGGACUCCAAGUGCUUCCAAGGCUAAACUGUGCCUUAGUAGAUCAGACCUGGUUCCUAAUACUGUGGUGUUUUCCCCACGAUGUAAGAGGGGGGAGUCUUGGGGUGAGAGUCAGUCUGGAGUGAGAGCCCCCGGCUGUGCCCCCACCUUCGGCACGGCAGGCUGGGGCUGUCCGGCUCUGCUCGGCCCCCGUGCGAGGGGGGAGAGCUGUUCUGCGUUUUUGGAGGCACGGUUGGUAAGAGUUGCGAGGAGACCUCUUUGGAGGUGACGGCUGUUUGCUGACAGGGCUGGGUGCUGUGCUGGGACGGUAUCUUGAUUUUUCCUGUUAAUGUUUUUAGCUGCUAGUCGAUCGCUGAGGUGACAGCUAAUGUGGAAUUAGCUAGGAGUUAAAGAACAGGGAAUUUGAAAGAGAAGCUACCUUAGACUGCUUCGCUAAAAGUACCUUUAUUCAGGAUAAAAACUUGUCAAAGUGGUGUUCGGUAUCCUCUUUGGUUCUACAUGUAACCUCUACUGAAAGCCUGAAAACUGUGCUUUGUCUGGCAAUGUCAGAAAGCAAAACUUCAAGAUUUGUGCAAGCUUUUCAUUUUUGUGUGUAUGUUACCUUUUUUUCUUUUUCUUUUUUUUUUUCUUGUUUUUUUCUCUGUGUGGACACAAAGGAAUUUUGCAGUGGAAAGUGAAUGCCAUUUUUGCAGCACUUGCAGCUGGGCGGCUCGGGACAGGGGGGAGGAACUGGUUUAGGGUCAUAUGUUUGAGCCGUGACUCAGUGCCUGUGCGGUGAAUUGAAGUGUCUUUUAUUCAGAGAUCAAGCACACUAAAUUUCCUUGCUGAUCUGCAUUGAAGACCCUGAAAUCCCACUCGAAUGUUUGAUGUUUCACCCUUUCCAUCCUAUCGCCUAAUUCCCAAGCGACUUACCCUGUCAGCCGCAGUCUUCCAGUGCCACGUUUUUCUUGGCUGACAGAGGAUGGACCUGGUGAGUGGGGGACCUGGUGUGUGGGCAGAGACAGACCUCACCUGUGUGAAAUCCAGAGGCAAUUAGCAAGAGGGAAGAGCAGAGAGCAGAGCAGCCUGUUUUAUGAGCAGAGAGGGUCCGUCCGCAAGAGCAGAGAGAGCUCGGCUUCCCUCUUGCAUCUGGCAGCAAGUCACAGCCUGGCCGCUGCAGAAGGGAUUGACUGGGAUUCUGUAGCGGGCGCAGAUCAACAAGGGAUGAAGAGCUGCCGAGAGAGGAAGGCUUGCAGCAAAGCCUUCCCAGCUCGCUCGAGUGCCGGAGGUGAGUGCCAGCUCUUUCAUGAGCAGCAGGCUGCGGAGAAAGAAAAGUGGGGUGGGAGGCGAGAGGGGAAGAAACGAAACGCCACGCUGUCAGGAGGAGACUUGGAAAGGGACGAGAGCUUCGAGCAGUUUUCCUUGUGCUGGGUUGCCUGGCUGGGUACGAGAGCUGGGAGGACUGCAGCUGGUGCUUCCGAGAUGUCAGCGGAGCCGUGAAAAGGGGGUUUGGAUGCUGGUGGAGUCUUGGAACAGCUGUGAAACCUCUCAAGGGACUGGAACAAAGGGCAACCCAUGGAUGGUUUUUACUCCUCCGCAGAAGGAGGUGGGCAGGGUGGGAUCAACGACACCAGCAGUAGGAAGAGCUGGGCAGAGGAAGGCAACUCAGAGUUGUUCUUCCGUGUGGUGACAGCUGCCUUACUUUUCCUUCUCAUCCUCUCCACGCUCCUGGGCAACACCCUGGUGUGUGUGGCUGUGGUCAAGUUCAGACACUUGCGCUCUAAGGUCACCAAUUUCUUCGUUAUCUCCUUGGCAGUGUCCGACCUCUUUGUGGCUCUACUGGUGAUGCCCUGGAAGGCUGCCACCGAGGUGGUGGGCUUCUGGCCCUUUGGGGCUUUCUGUGAUGUUUGGGUGGCUUUUGAUAUCAUGUGCUCCACAGCCUCCAUCCUCAACUUGUGCAUCAUCAGCGUGGACCGUUACUGGGCCAUUUCCAAUCCCUUCCGCUAUCAGAGGCAGAUGACACAGCACGUGGCUUUUGUCAUGAUCGGAGUGGCUUGGCUACUGUCCCUCUUGAUUUCUUUCAUCCCUGUGCAGCUGAAGUGGCACAAGGAUCGUGAGCGACUUAGCCUGCGGGAGCCAGGUUUGAACGUCACCAGGGAGGAGGAGAACUGUGAUUCCAGCCUCAACAGGACUUACGCCAUCUCGUCGUCUCUCAUUAGCUUCUACAUCCCUGUUGCCAUCAUGAUUGUGACGUACACUCGCAUCUUCCGCAUUGCUCGGCGGCAGAUCCGCAGGAUCUCCUCCCUGGAGAGGGCGGUGGAACAUGCCCAAAAUUGCCACAGCAACGACUGCCCUCACGAGGCCUCCCUGAAGAACUCCUUCAAGAGGGAGACCAAGGUCCUCAAGACCCUUUCCAUCAUCAUGGGCAUCUUUGUCUUCUGCUGGCUGCCCUUCUUUGUGCUCAACUGCAUGGUGCCCUUCUGUAGUGCUGACCUCCAUGAGCCAGGAGAGCUACCUUGUGUCAGCGAGGUGGUCUUCAACACCUUCGUCUGGUUCGGGUGGGCCAACUCUUCUCUCAAUCCGAUCAUCUACGCCUUCAAUGCAGAUUUCCGGAGAGCUUUUGCAACCAUCUUGGGCUGUGGCUGCCUUUGCCCCAGCAAUGCAGUGGAGACAGUGAACUUCAGCAACCAGCUGGUCUCCUACCACCAUGACACCACCUAUCAGAAGGAAGUGGUGACCCUCAGCUGCCCCCAGCUCCUUCCCCAUGCUGUUCUGCCCAUGGAAAACAACGAGGUGUCCUUUGACCGUGUUUCUCAGGUCUCCAAGCCCACUCGCAACACCUGCCCUGUGGAUGCCUUGCCUGCCGCCAUGCACCAGGAGUGUGAAACGACCAUCUCGCUGGAGAAGAUCACACCUUUCACCAGCAAUGCGUUCGAUUGAGGCAGGGUUGGGAAAAGGGUGGCGGGAUGGUCCCGAGGAGAGACGGAGGCUGGCACAAUAUUGCCCGUUUCCGGAGGAGUUUGAGGGUGAUGUGGCUAUUGCACGCUCUGUCUGGGCAGGAGUUUGUAUGCAAUAGGCAGAGUGAUUUUCCACGUGGCUGAAGGGGUUCAGAUCCGUGGGUUUGUAACAUUCUGUUUCAGACUCAGCCCUGGCGGGCAGUUGAGAUCUGUGUCGCUGCUCUCUCUAGUUGACCCAUGGGAAAACGCUUUUCACAAAAGAUGACAGUGGAAGGGCUGGAAUUCCACGUUCCUUGUGACUUCAGCUGGGAAAGCAGAGACUUACGUGGUCUGCGGAGCCUCUCCGUAGUCAGCGAAGCGGAAGCGCGGCUGUGCUGGUGGAGAGAGAGGCUGCUUUUGCCACUGCCUGUGUCUAACAGGCCAUCAACCCGCGCCUGCUAAAUGGACACAAGCCAAAUGCAACUGCUUACUUGGUGAUAACUGCUGCUGGCGUAACGAGAUAAUCCUGCCCUGUGCUCAGCGGGAUGGUGCUGUGCUGGGUAGCAGCCUUUAGCUAGGGAAACCCACUAGGAAGGAGGUAAUGGCCUUGCUGGGAGAACUCGUAGGCUCACCUCUGUCUCUUUGUUGCUCAGGCAAAUGAUCCUGCAGGUCUGAACAGGUAAGCAGCCACCUUCCCUGGAGCCCGAGGCUGUGCUUGGUAGCAGCUUGUCUGGAGCGUGUUGGAUUCCGGGAAGGAUUCGCACGCUGAAGGUCUGCUCCGGCCCCUGGAGCCAGAGCCAGCCUCUCUCAGCUGGGCCGGGCGCAGCUGAGGGCUGAGCUGAGCAAGGUGAGCUGUGCUUUAGCCCCAGGAUGCCGGGCCGUUUGCUUGGAGCCUUCCGGAACGAGGGCGCCUGAGCAACGAGAGCAGAGGAGAAAAAUCAGAUGUUAAAGAAAGAACGUUUGUUGGUUUGGUUUCUGUGCCUCUGCCACAUCUUCCGUCAGUCAGGUCCUCCUUUCCCUCAACUCUUUCUUCCCCCUUUCACUUUGUUCUCCCUCUGAUUCCCUUCCUCCCCCAUUUCAUUAAGGAUCCUCCCCUUGCUGUCUCAUUUCAAUAAUAACGGCUUCUGUGGCAGUGCUCUUUGCUCACCUGUACUCUUUAAUUAGCCUCUCCUGUGUGUAUGGGGGCUUGUGUCUGGUUAGCUGGGGGGGAAAUGGCAAGUGCACGGCCCCCAGGGUCUCCCUGCCAGCUCCGACACGGCCCCCAGGGUCUCCCUGCCAGCUCCGACACGGUUGACUUAAGAAAGGCGUUUUGAUCGGUGCCUGGUUAAACGCCGCAGCAGCGAGCGGCACAUCCACGUCGUCUUGAAUCCGAGACAUCUUUAGCUCUCUGGCACGGCAGAAAAGCCUCCUCCCCUCCCUAGCAAACGUUAACAAAGAGAAAAAUCAGAAGGUGAUAAUUGCAGAGUAACGGUAAUUAUUAAAUAGAGCCAAAUUAUAGUCGAGUUCCAGCAUCAGCAGUGUGGGAGGGGAGCAGAGCUCACCAGAUCUCAAAGGUCGAUGCUUGCUUAGAAAAAUCGAAGCGCUGAUAAGACUCAACCUCAUGUAGAACCAUCUCCGCGUGCAGCAGCGGUGGCUGGCAGGACCGAGACAGUCCUGGGGUUUUUCAGCUCUGGGAGGUCGGCACAGCCUAACUUAGGGAAGGAGUUGUUGUUCUGACACAGGGACAAUGCCCUGGCGCGUUUCUAGGAGGCCCAACGUGACUGACUUCAUUCGAACGUUGCUGCAGUAUAUAUGUAUACAUAAAAUAAUUUCCCACAGCCGAAGCAGGAUGUUGUAGAGCGUGUGGCAUGGUUGUGCUUUACUUGAGGACUCCUGGCUUGGUGGUGAGCGGGAGUCAAGAGUACCCAGCUUUUCUCAAAGCAGCACUGUCCUGGCCCCCCUGUUUUUGAAGAGUUUACUGAUACUUGUGGCAAAAUUUCGGGGCUCAAUCCCUGAGACUGGAGAGAAACGAGUAGCUCCGUGUAUCGCUGUGAUUAUGGUGAGUUGCAGGGUGAACCCGCAAAAGAAAGACGGCAGAGAGGGUGAUGUGAUCCAUUAUUUUUUUUUUUUUUUUUUUUUUGGUCCACUUAUUGUCUGCGUUUAACUUGUGUUGGGGACCAUGGCACGGUGGGGGCUCUCACGGUGCAGUAUCCCAGCUCCCUCCGGUUGGGCAUCCCACCUGCCUGGCCGGUCUCGUGGGUGGCCGACACCUUCCUGGCAUUGACAUCGGAAGAGACGAGGUGGUGACAAUGAGCUAAACCAAAAACUUCCAGGUUCCAGCACCGGCCUUGGCACAUUACAGACGUUCCUGUGGUCAGUCUGGGAAAGGGACACCGGUUCCAAACUGGUGGAGCUCGAGCUUGCUUUGGCAAAAAUGCACCUUGUUUAUCUGCUUUUAGAACAGUUGUUGUUUUUUGUUUUGUUUUUUUUUUUCUUCCACCCCGCCUCCCCAUCCUAAGUUCAUACAGCAUACUGCUACACCCCUGCUGGUAUUUCAGGGAUGAGUGAAAUUAAUGUAAAAUUAACGUGAGUCAGGACCAGUGUGUGUUUGCCGUUCCUGCCCUGUAAUCCCAGGUGAGCCAGUUCACUUUCUGGAGCUCUGGUUUUGCUGUAGGUGAACAGGGAGCAGCAGCAUCUGUUCACGCUGCAGCCAGGUUGUAAAAAUAAGUGGGUUGGGGUUUUU